AUGGAUGACUACUACGAAACUAAUGCGCUGCCUCCCCAGGAGGUGCAGCGUCAAAUGCCACAACACCUCGAGGGGCAGCAACAGCCGCAGCAGCAACAGCCGCAGCAGCAACAGCCGCAGCAGCAACACACGCAGCAGGCAAGGAAAGCCAUCAUUCCUGUCAUCAAGUAUUGGGGCUAUACGGAGGAGAAGCUUUCGCGGGGAAAACUUUUCGGGGACUUCGGUUUUAUUCAAGUUCGCCUUCCUAUCGAGACCGGCGACGGAGCCACAUUCGUCUUCCCAGAUGCUGUUACCAUGGAUGACUACUACGAAACUAAUGCGCUGCCUCCCCAGGAGGUGCAGCGUCAAAUGCCACAACACCUCGAGGGGCAGCAACAGCCGCAGCAGCAACAGCCGCAGCAGCAACAGCCGCAGCAGCAGCAGCAACAGCAGCAGCAGUCCUCCGGCAACGUCAUCGACAUGAUCAAUCGUUCAUCGGUAUCAGGCUCGCAAAUGCCUCUGCAACCGCCACCGUCCGCGAUGCCACAACUCAUACCGAACCAACCGAUGAUAUCAGGGGACUCUCUGGAUGAUAUCAUAAGGAAUAAUCACACUGAGAUGCACCGCCGAAAGAGCAUGCCCCAUGCUUACGGAAGUCCCCUUAUGCAAGACGAAAACCCUCGGCGAAUGUCUUCUAUCGCGGCCUCUGAGGAUGUCAUGGCUUUUGACCCAAGUCAGCAUGACUUGGGAAACUUCCAGUUUUCACAGCCCGUUGGCUCAUCAUUUCAUGGCAUCAAUCCAAGUUUAGAAAUGACAGAUCAGAUGGGAGGUUUUGUUACCGAUGCGGCUGACUACUCUGGAAUUUCGGCCGACCUGAUCGGUCCUAUGAAUCCACCUCCAUUCGGCAACGUCGAGUUGAGCCAGAUGACGAACGAGCCUUCACUAUCACUCUUCCCACCAUCGCCUGUUCCUGGAGCAGCGUCUGGGGCGAGGUCCAUGAACAGUGCGUUUGCUUCUGGACAAAUGCCCGACUUGAGUGCGACAUUCGCGACAGAACCGGCGCCGAGUAGCUCAACUCUUACAACAACUUCGAAUACGCUACCCGGCUCUAUGGACGACCAUCCCGAUAGCAUGAUGCAUAUCUCGACCUCGCAGUUGAAUGCCGUGAAUCCACCGGCGGGUCGGGUGCCUGAAACAAUGGCUGCGAACCCCGUGUCAAACAACUUGGGGCAACCGUUACCGCAUUCACUGUCAGGGCACAUAUCUUCCGAAUCAGCGAUCACUCAGCCAAAUUCUACAUCUGGGCCCACUACUCCAGCCACGAUAUCAACGCCUCGAGAAAACAAGGAGAAAACAAUAUACUCCAAGAGUGGGUUUGAUAUGCUGAAAGCACUGUGGCUGGUGGCCACAAGGAAAGACCCGAAGAUUCAUCUCGGGGCCGUUGACAUGUCAUGUGCAUUUGUCGUUUGUGACGUCACAAUGAACGACUGCCCAAUCAUUUAUGUGUCAGAUAAUUUCCAGAAUCUUACGGGAUACAGCCGCCAUGAGAUUGUAGGUCAGAAUUGUCGCUUUCUUCAAGCACCAGACGGCAAGGUUGAGGCUGGAUCCAAACGCGAAUUCGUGGAUGAUGGUGCCGUUUAUAAUUUGAAGAAGAUGAUUCAAGAGGGCCGUGAGGUUCAACAAAGCUUGAUUAAUUAUCGAAAAGGCGGAAAGCCAUUUCUAAACUUGCUGACCAUGAUACCGAUACCAUGGGACACGGACGAUAUCAGAUAUUUCAUUGGAUUCCAGAUCGACCUCGUCGAAUGCCCAGAUGCUAUUUCAGGACAAGAGCUCGGUGGCGUCAAAGUCAAUUACAAGCACAAUGAUAUUGGUCAGUAUAUCUGGACACCGCCAGCUUCCAGUCAAUGGGAGCCAGAGAACGGGCAAACGUUGGGCGUUGAUGAUGUAUCAACACUCCUUCAGCAGUUUAGCCCAAAGGGAUUGGUGUCUGAUUGGCAUAAGCAGUCCUGGGAUAAGAUGCUGUUGGAGAACACCGAUGAUGUUGUUCAUGUCCUGUCUCUUAAAGGAUUAUUCUUGUAUUUAUCCCCGUCUUCGAAGCGAGUUCUGGAGUAUGAUGCUAUUGACCUCGUCGGCAAUUCAUUAUCCUCGGUUUGCCAUCCCUCCGACAUUGUACCUGUUACACGAGAAUUGAAGGAUGCGACAGCUAGCACCCAAGUUAAUAUUGUUUUCAGGAUAAGACGGAAGUCAAGCGGGUAUACGUGGUUUGAAAGUCACGGGUCAUUGUUUGUUGAGCAGGGUAAAGGUAGGAAGUGUCUCAUCUUGGUUGGCCGCAAACGACCUGUCUUUGCACUUAGUCGCAAAAACUUGGAGACAAAUGGUGGCAUCGGCGAUAGUGAGCUGUGGACCAAGUUGUCGACUUCGGGAAUGUUCUUGUUUGUUUCAUCGAACGUCAGGUCGUUAUUGGAUUUACAGCCCGAAUCACUUGUCGGCACAAGCAUCCAAGAGCUCAUGCGAAAGGAAUCUCGCCUUGAGUUCGGGCGAUCAAUCGAAGUGGCUCGUCGAGGGAAAAUUGUUACUUGCAAGCAUGAAGUCCAGAAUCGUCGAGGCCAGGGUCUACAGGCCCAAACCACACUGUAUCCGGGUGAUGCUCCAGAAGGGCAGAAGCCAUCAUUUCUACUCGCACAGACAAAGUUGCUGAAAGCGUCGUCCAGGAGUGUUAUCCCAGCGACUGCGACGAGCAAUAGCAAAGCAGCCUCAACAUCAUCUCAUUCUAACGCGAUUCCUGAAUUACAUUCGGGUGCCGGGCAACUCUCCCAACCGACGGGAGGGACUUUGCCGCCCGGGACACAGGAUGCAGCCUUAGCAGCCGAAGACAACAUCUUCGACGAGCUUCGCACGACAAAAUGCUCCAGCUGGCAAUUUGAGCUGAGGCAGAUGGAGAAGGUGAAUAGGAUUCUUGCUGAAGAGCUUGGUGGGCUUCUGUCCAACAAAAAGAAGAGAAAACGACGAAAAGGGGUCGGAAAUAUGACCGGACGUGUGUCGCCGCGGAACUCUUCUCGGGGAGGCAAUAAUGGCAACGGUGAUUCACAGAGCAAGAAGUCUCCAUCUCCGAUUCAUUCAUCUCCUUUGCAUAAAGAACUUGCUUCUGAGAACUCGGCUUCGCAAACUGUAGCAGCCAAAGGCGACACAGACGAGACCGACAGGCUGAAUCCCUCACAGCUAGGCAACCACGUUUCCAACGAUGCAUCGGAGUCCAACUUGGUUCAAAGACAGACAAUGGCGAUGCCACCUCCAAGCCAGCCCUCACUUUCGAGUAGUGUAGCAGGCUCGGGUAUGACGUCUAUUCGUGAAGAACAGGAAGCGAUUGCCUGUUGCAAGUUUGCACUGUACCAAGACAAUGCCAGUAUUUACCUGCUCCUCAAGUUUGCAAUGCCCUCAGGCAACCCAACUCUAUUCAAACUGGUCCAAGACUCUUCUACCUUGCCUCCUUGA